AUGACGAGAAAUAAUCCCAACAACCCUGCCAAUUCGAAUGUUGCAACCGUCAAGGUUUUGACAAGUCGCAUCAUAACUGCCGACCCUUUGAGCGGAAAAUUGCGGGAACCUUUUCUCGAGAAUCAGACAAUUAUAGUAUCGCAAACUACCGGCAGAAUCCUAACGGUUGAACCCACCUCCCAUGAGGACCUUCUAACUGGCUACGCGAAUGCCAUUGACCUACGGGGCAAAACCGUGUUACCAGGACUCAUAGAUACCCACGUUCACUUCUUUCUACACCCCUACAGCGAGACUUCAUGGGACGACCAGGUCACCCGAGAGAGUACAGCAGAACGCGUUGUACGUGCAGUGAAUCACGCCAAAGCGACUCUGCUCGCUGGAUACACGAGCAACAUCAAAAGGGACUUGGGGACCGAAGGAGCAGAAGACGCUGACAUUUCCAUUCGUAAAUGUAUCUCGGCUCCUAUGGGCAUUAUCCCCGGCCCACGCUACCAUUGUGCUACUCGGGCAAUUGUCGCUACUGGAAGCUAUGGUCCGAAGAAUGUGAAUCGUCCAUAUGUCACGGAGGUGGAUGGCAAGUCUGGUGCAGACCCUGCGAGCGGUGUUGACGAAUGCGUGAGGGUUGUGAGGAGACAGAUUGGCGCGGGUGCAGAUUGGAUAAAGGUGAGUAUGCAGCUGGAUAAUCAACUGGAUGCUCACCUGGUGUUAGAUAUAUGCAGAGAGGAGGUAGAGGCUAUGACCAAGACUGCCCAUAGUUUAGGCGUCAAGGUAGCCGCGCAUUGCGUCAAUGCAGAGACUAUCAAGAUGCUGAUAGAGGCCGGAGUCGAUACACUCGAGCAUGGUACCGCGAUGACAGAGGACGUCCUACCUCUCCUAGUCGAGAAGCAGAUACCAUGGACACCUACCUUUGCUGCUUAUUACUCUCAUCAGUACCCGGGUGCGAGACCGUGGCAGUCGCUCCAAAAAGUAUUUUCCAAGGCAAUCAAAAUGGAUGCCGCAAUCACGACUGGUGGUGACACAG